GCAGUUGCAUACUCGAAGUGAUUUCAGUUUGGCUUGGCUGUUGAAAGUGAAACAAAUUUUUUUGAGAGUUGGUUGUUAUUUGCGAAGGAUUUACUGAAACAAUAGGAAGCAACAAUUGCGUGGAAUCGGUGGAACGUCGUUCGUUUUAGUAAUUGGAGAUAUAAAGUCGGACAUUUGGUGGAAUUUGGUCGUACAGGAGGUCCCCACAAAUAACAUCAACCAACCCCCUGUCUCUACCAACGUUAAUUAAAUACGUAAACAAAUCCCCAGAGCGUGCGACCCGGCCUGGCCUGGUGAUUUGCAGCUGUUGAUCAAAGGUAUAAGCAGUUCCAUUGUUUAUGUUUGGUUUGUAUCGACUGCAAGCUGCAAUCCAAGAAGCCAAGCGAAAUGCCCCCAAAGCUGAAGUUCGCUGACGGUGAGAAAGUUCUGUGUUUUCACGGACCACUGAUAUAUGAAGCCAAGUGUUUGAAAUCUACAAUUACUAAGGAUAAGCAGGUUAAAUACUUCAUUCAUUAUGCUGGUUGGAAUAAGAAUUGGGAUGAAUGGGUGCCGGAGAGCAGAGUCUUGAAAUAUAAUGAGGCGAAUGUUGCCAAGCAGAAGGAAGUCCAGAAGGCUCAUUCCAAUCAGCCAGCAAAAGCCAAGAAGACAAAAGCGCGCAAGAGCGAGACCACCAAAGAUACUGAUUCACGGGCGAGCACACCAACCAUAGACACAGCCGCGAAGAUCCCGGUGAAGAGCAAGCCAAGCACCCCGUCGAGCAGUCAGGAUUCAAGUUCAGAUGUGCCCAAGAAGAAGAGAGGUAGACUGGAUCCAUCUGUGGAGUCGGAGGAGCAGUUCUUGAGCAAAGUUGAGGUUAAAGUGAAGAUUCCCGAUGAGCUGAAACCCUGGCUGGUGGACGACUGGGACGCAAUCACGAGGCAAAGGAAGUUGGUCAAUCUACCGGCGAAGAUCACCGUCGACCAGAUCCUGGAUAAUUAUAUAGCGUACAGAAAGUCGAUCAAAUCGAACAAUUCCAGCAAGGAGUCGGCCACAAUUGAGAUCACGAACGGCAUCAAGGAGUACUUCAACGUGAUGCUGGGCACGCAGCUGCUCUACAAAUUCGAGCGGCCGCAGUACGCGGAGAUCUUACAGAAUCACGGUAAGAUGCCGAUGUCACGAAUCUACGGUGCCAUCCACCUGCUGCGACUCUUUGUCAAGCUUGGCUCUAUGCUAGCUUACACUCCGUUAGAUGAACGAAGUAUACAGUUGCUGCUGCAGAAUAUCCAGGAUUUCCUCAAGUACAUGUUCAAGAACAGUGCGACGUUAUUCAAUUUGCAAGAUUACGGUAAUGCUCCUCCAGAGUAUCACAGAAAGGCCCUAUGAUACAAUCUUUUCUUUUGAGUUUAACAAUACCAUUAUUUUUUCUUCUAUUAUUAUUUUUUU